AUGGCGCCCAACAGAGGCACUCUCAUCGUCCUGGAAGGUCUAGACCGCUCAGGCAAAUCAACCCAAUGCGAACGCCUCGUCUCCCAUCUCCGCCACACAACAGGCCAAGAAGUCUCACACCUGCGCUUCCCAAACCGCACCACACCCAUAGGCCAAAUGAUUAACAGCUACCUAGCCGGCUCAACACAAACCGAAGAUCACGUAAUCCACCUUCUCUUCUCCGCCAAUCGCUGGGAAAGCGCCGCGGAGAUUGAGAGGUUGGUGGCGGAAGGCACGACGGUGGUUAUCGAUCGAUACUACUAUUCUGGAUGUGUAUAUACUGCUGCCAAGCAGAUUCCUGACAUGGGCUUAGAGUGGUGCCGGCAGCCUGAAGUUGGACUGCCGCGACCCGACGUCUGUGUCUUCUUGGACGUCAGUGCCAAGGCUGCUAUGAGCAGAGGUGGGUAUGGUAGCGAGAGGUAUGAAAGGAAGGAGAUGCAGGAUCGGGUGCGAGAGCUCUUUGGCGAGCUCAGAAGGCAUCGCGAUGAAGGGGAGGAUAUUAUGGUCGUUAAUGCUGAUCGUUCUAUUGAGGAAGUGGGCGAGGAGACCACAAGCAUCGUUGCUGAAGUGGCCAAGAAGGUCACUGCAUCUCAGCAAUCACUCAGGAAAGUCGAGGCGUGGUGA